ACAAAUACAUUUGGCUCUCAUUUGGGGAAGCGUUUCAUUUGGUUUUCAUUUGGGGUGCAUCUGGGACCGGAACCAGGACCAGAAGGAUUCAUCUUCCUCUCGUUUCUCCUUCCUCGGCGAGCUCCUGGUUCAUCAGCCACGGAUAUGUGCAAGCUCCGCCAGUUUUCCUCGUCUGAUCGCCGGUUUCUUCACAGGUUUGCGACUUUCUCCGCCGUCUAGGCCGUAAUCGGACAGUUGAAAGGCCGGGCAGCUUAAACAUCUUCCGCUCUGCGCUGACGCUCGUUUUAGCUGUUUCUUAGCUCAUAUUUGUUCGUCAGACCUACUAUAGGGAGAUUCGUAGGGCAUAAAGCCCUCGUUGUCACAAGCUUCAAACUUUUAGGAAGAACAUCAAUGGAAGCAUGAUGAACUGCCUCACGGUCGAGAUAGACGAGGAGUCGUCGAACCUCCUUGAGUUCGCCGCCAACAAUGACGUCGAAGCCUUCCGGCGUUCUGUCGAACAUGAUCCCUCAGCCGUCGAUAAGGUGGGCCUCUGGUAUGGCCGCAAGAAGGGUUCCAACCGCAUGGUGCUCGAGCAUCGGACUCCCUUGAUGGUGGCCUCAACAUACGGAAGUCUUGAUGUGCUCAAGUUCAUCGUCUCCUUACCUUCCGUGGAUAUCAAUCAGGCCUCCGGGCCUGACAGAACUACAGCGCUCCACUGCGCUGCCUCUGGUGGAUCCUUUGAUGCUGUUGAUGCAGUGAAGAUACUUCUUGCCGCCCGUGCAGAUCCCACUUUGUUUGAUGCCAAUGGAAACCGUGCAGCCAAUGUGGCUGUGGCGCCGCCCAAAUUGCCUGAUGUAAAGUUUGCUCUUGAGCAUCUUCUUGGAGGGAACAUCAACGGUACGGAUGAGGUAGAUCACCCGCAUCCUCUUUGCGUGAUGACUACCUAUUCUAACUCUGAUUCACCGCCACUUUCUUUCUCACCUGACGAGGAUGGAUCUCCAUUAUCCAACUCUACUUCUUCUCCUCCCAUGGCUAAGUUCCGUGACUUACCUCGGGUUGUUGUAUCUGAGAAGAAAGAGUAUCCUGUUGACCCAUCACUCCCAGACAUCAAGAAUAGCAUCUAUGCUUCUGAUGAGUUCCGCAUGUUUUCGUUCAAAAUUCGUCCGUGUUCCCGAGCUUAUUCUCAUGAUUGGACUGAGUGCCCAUUUGUCCAUCCAGGUGAGAACGCUAGGCGGCGAGACCCAAGAAAGUAUCACUAUAGCUGCGUCCCCUGCCCUGAUUUCCGUAAAGGAGCAUGUAGGAGAGGAGACAUGUGCGAGUAUGCGCAUGGGGUGUUUGAGUGCUGGCUUCACCCAGCCCAGUAUCGCACAAGGCUAUGCAAGGAUGGUACUAGCUGCUCCCGCCGCGUCUGUUUCUUUGCACACACAAAUGAGGAGCUGCGCCCACUUUUUAUGUCCACUAGCUCUGCUGUGCCCUCCCCUCGGUCAUCAUCAUCUGCUACAUUGGAGAUGGCUGCAGCCUUAGGACUUGUGCCUGGAUCACCAUCUUCAGUCUCUGCUAUUAUGUCCUCUUUCACACCACCGAUGUCUUUGUUGAGCAAUGGUACUGGCCACUCAGCUCUUGGUUGGCAGCAGCCAAAUGUGCCUACCUUGAAUCUUCCAGCAAGCAAUAUCCAGUCAAGUAGGCUACGCUCCUCUCUCAGUGCAAGAGAUAUGCCUUUGGAGGACCUCUCGGAGUUUGAUACCCAGCAGCGGCUAAAUGAUAUGAGCUCUGUGCUUGGCUCGUUAACAGGAAACAACGCAGUCAGGAACAAAACCCUGACGCCCUCAAACCUAGAUGAAAUCUUUUCAUCUGAGAUUGCCUUAUCUCCUAGGUAUAACUCUGACCAGGGGGCUAUUUUUUCACCCUCUCAUAGGACUGCUAUCCUCAAUCAGCUGCAGCAGCAGCAGCAUAGUCUGUUGUCACCCAUUAAAACAAGCUUACUCUCUUCGACAGCUGCUGAUGCCCAACAUCUAUCUGCGCAUUCUUCUUUGUUGCAAGCAUCACGCACUAUAUCUUCACCUACCCUCAUGUCUCCAAGAAGUGUGGAGUCUGUCUCUCCGAUGAGUUCUCGUGUUGCUAUGCUUUCUCAGCGGGAGAGGCAACAACAGACACUCCGUGGCCUCAGUUCACAUGAUCUUUCUCCCAUUUUAUCUCCAAACAUUUGCUCUCCUGUAGGUUCCUCUUGGUCCAAGUGGGCAUCUCCCUCUGGUGCAGCUGAUUGGGGAGUGAAUGGGGAAGAACUGGGUGGGCUUGGUAUAUCUUCAUUUGAGAUGCGUGGAAAUGGAGAUGAACCUGAUUUAUCAUGGGUUCAUUCACUGGUAAAAGAAUCAUCACCUGAGAAAUUGACAUGUGUGGCAAUGUCUCCUAGCACAUCUGGCUUGUCUACAAUCUACGGUGAGAGUUCAAAUUCUGAUAGUCUGAUGGAGGGACAUGAUCAAACUGCAGCACUUGGUGCAUGGCUUGAACAAAUGCAACUUGAUCAGGUUGGCGAAGGGAAAGAAGCAGGGAGUAUUGACAAAUUCAUUUCAUAAAAAAGAGAUUUGUUGAUACUUAAAGUUCAGCCAGUUCCAGAAUUGGGAUGCUUAAAUUCUUAUUUUGUAUCAGGAUGUCUCUAGCGAACUGUUCUGAUAUUUCAAAUCCCUUUCUUUUUUAUCUUGGUUUCUAAACUAUAGUAUGUCUUCGGAGGAAGCAAAGAUGUCCUUUGUCUCAUAUGGUCAACUUUUAAAACUAUUCAGUAAAAUUCUUAAGCAGCCAACUUUCUCGGGUUGGCUAAUUUUGUUUUCGUAGGCAGAAACUAGAAAGAUCUGAAAAAGAUCCUGAUGUAUGUUGUAUAAAUGAAACUCUGUUUCUGUAAUUUGAAUAUCAGUGUUUCACGAUGUCCUCAACGGUUGGAGGAGAA